GCUUGCUCUGCUUGCGCUCAAGGUUCCAAGGGUCCAACUCCACCUUCCUUCCUGGCCUAUUUCCAUUCCUUCCUCCACCCGCACAGGACCCUCUGCCACAUCCUCACCGCAACCGUUUUUGUUUGUGUUAUUAUGAUUGUCGGUUAGGUUUUGAGCGCAAAGAAGAAGAAGAACAACAAACUCACCCAGAGAAUUUUUUUUCCUGCCUUUCUUUCGGGUAUAUCCCAGUGUCGGGCAUCAAAAGACCCACGCUCAUCUACAACGAAAAGUACGCACGCGCACGCGACCGGAAGCGAAAGACGAAUAGCUGCACAAGCAGCAAGCGAGAAGCCGCAGAAAGACGUAGCAGGGAAGAAACAAUACGUAUCGAGACAAACAUCUACGACUGCUCCAUUCCCUCAGAGUACACCAAAUCCCGAAAGAGCCCCGCGAAAGUCUCCAACAGAACUCACCGAGAAACAACAACCACCCAAUAUGGCCGAACCAUCGAUCACAAACUUCCUCCUCCGCUCUCUCCUCCCCCCCGACGCCGCCGACUUUAUCCACAAAAAUGCCCUCCACCCGUCCUCGCCCGUCCAGCAGCUAAAAGGCCACGCCUUGGCCGCCGCCUCUCGCGCCUUUGACGAGCUGUACCCGUACCUCGCGCCUGCCGUCGACGCGACGCUCGAUUUCCUACACUCGUCGCCCGAGCUCGUGUCCUUUGCGGUGCUGCUCGCGCUGCUGGCUGCCACGGUGAUUGUGCUCAACUGGAUUCGGCGUGUCGUUGCGUUUUGGACGGCGCUGGUACUGCGGCUCGCGUUCUGGGGUGGUGUUGUUGUCGUUGUUGCGGCCGUGUGGCAGAGGGGCGUGUUCGAGACGGCGAGAGACGCUGUUGUUGUGGGCGGGAAAGUUGUCGGGUUUGCGGCUGCUGCGAAGGAUGUGUGGGUGAGCGAGUAUAGGAGAUAUGAGGAGGAAACCAAGGUGCAAGGCAACAAGUACCGAUGAGAAAGGGACAGGUCUCAUGGGGAACUCUUUUCGAAGAGUCGACAGAUAUCUGGAACGUCAACAAGCUUCCUUACCUACUGGAUAUACUCGGGGCCAAGGUUCCCGGCGUAAACACGAUGAGAAGACACUUGGCUGAGCAAGUCUGGGGAAAGGGUCGCUGGGAAUCGAAUGGUGGAAUAUACCCCGGGGAAGGAAGACGUGGAUUGCUUUUUUGGAGAAGGGGAUACAAUUUUACGAGGCAUACGCAACAGGACUCGAUGCUACAUUCGUACCGUUUAUCAAGAAGGCUCGAGGCCAGGAGAACGACUAUAGUGCCAUGGGAGGGAUUGAAGAGACUGGACAAGCACCGUAUAUUUGAAGACUGAAGACAAAGCGCUCUGUCGCGGCUCUUGAUCAGGCAGGCAAAUGGUAUACGGUACAGUGGUAGACAGAACAACGAUGUCAAAUGAUGUUGUCGGACGAUUAUGAAUGAGUCCAUGGAUUAAAAUAAAUACCAACGCCAAC